CCUCUUGACCGCCUUGGUUUCUUGAAACGUAUUCCCUGUAGGCUGUUCUUAGAUCUCGUAGCCCGCCUGCGUUGCACCGUAGCAGGGAAUUAUUAUUGUUUUGCCCUGAUCACAAUUGUUCUCGAUAGCGGUCUAGUUUUAGUUAGUUGGUUGAUGAUCUGUCUUUCACUCGUUUCUCUUCUUCAUUGAUUCAAUUCAUUUAAACUGAGCAGUCAGGAGCGAUAGGUCGCACUCGUCGUUUUCUAUUUGUUUUACCAUUUAGUGACAUGUAAUCAGGAGGUUGUUAUCGAUCAAGGGAAAUGACUUGGAAGCCCAAGAGUUGCCAUAGAAAUACUGCCAGAAAUACUAUAAUCUCUAAGACCGAUUUCUUUCGUAUGAUGCGCUGUAAACUUCAUAAUCUCGAUUCAGACUUGUUUGCUUUCAUGCGCAAUUCGUUUACUUGUGUAAUUUAGGUUCCAUAUGCACUUGUAAGGACAAAGAAAUGACUUAAAGCCAUCAAAGCAAUCAACGCAUUUCCAUUCAGUAGCCAUAACGGUCGGAAAACUACUGCGACUAAGAAAGAAGUUGUAUUUGGAAAAAAAAAAAACAUGGCGGACUUCUUGUAAGCUGGUACCUUUAAAUCGACACGGUAAGAUCUCCAACACACAAAGCGAACAACGCUUAGACAAAUACAUGCUAUAAUACACGCCGUAGUUGCUUGUUGUACGCAUGAGUUCCGCUUGUUUCCAUAAAAGAACCAUCUAAUUGAUGUCAUAAAUUGUUAUAUUUUGUCUACAACAAAAUCUUAAAACACGAUGUUCAAAAGUGUUUCACGUUUUCACUUCAUUAUGAUUUUAAAAAUGGAAUGAAUGGUGAAUGAAUCGGCGAGAUUUAUCACCAGAACAGUUCUGGUACAUGAUCGCUUAAAUUGACUUCUAGAAUAUUUCAAGGGUAAAAGGGUGAGCCCUAAUGCUGUCAGCAUGACCGUUCUUGAAGAAAAAGUUUCACAUUCUGGAGUGUUACAUGAGGCAAAAACUUGUUGACGUUUCGCUAAGAUUACAGAAAGCGUGUGUAACAACAGCUGUUCCGCUUACCGGGAUGCUCUGCUAGUUUUAAUCAAGUUUGUAGAAAAGUGUGCAUUAACGAAAUAAACGAAGCAUGUAAGAUGCUUCCAACUUUUUGAGGAGUACGUGGACUAAAAACGUUAAAUCAUAGUGAAUAAAACACAUUAUUCGCAACUCUCUAGGGUUUUCAGAUAAGGUACGUCGUCUUUCCGUUCUGAGAUUGAAACAGACUCGUUACUUGGAAUUCUACAUGUCAUGUCGAGUAUUGUUUACUCAUAGCAGGAUAGGAAUGACAUUUUUUAUCAAGUUGCAUAUUAAAUUUGGCAAAGUGACUGAGUUUCUAGAAUCUUGUAAAAAACCCCUACCAAAAACCUGCGGCCGAGUGGCACAGUCAAUUUCGUAAACAUGACGUCUUAGUUUGCAAAGGAGACAAGUUCGAAUUAAAUAUUCAUUGUUGAUAUUCAGGUUUACCGGUUUACGUCGAUCAUUCCAUUCGAGUUUUUUGAUUUCGCAUUGCCACUGUAUUGUUCAAUUAGGGACAAAAAAAGUCAUGGAUGACAAAAAUCAUGGAUGACGUGCGGACCCCUGUGUGUUCAACCGACUGUUCUGUCGCUUGUGAAUAGAGGUACAAAUCGAAAGUUUGCAAAAGGCGAUUUACAAUGGCAUUAGCUUUGAAAUGAUAGUUCGGCUUCUUGUUCUCUUCUAAGACAAUUGUGAAAAUAGUUUACUUGGCGGGAAAAUAGUUUUUUCUUUCUCUUUCUUUCUUUCUUUUUUUUUUAACUACAGAUCUCACUAUAUAGUAGAUGGAUGAUUUCGAAAAUGUUAACUAUAGCACUUAAAAUUGCGUCCCUGUAUACUUAAAGAACAUAAAUGGUUAGGAAGAGGUCAUUGAAAAGGUCAUUACAACAGUAAACAAAGAAAUCUUUAGUGAGAGCAAAUUUGCAAUUUUAAUGUUUCUUCAGAAAGCAGCCAACGCAGUGAGGCAGCCAAGAGAGCCCUAAAACCUUUACCCUAAUUUUUUUUUUUUUUUUUUUUUUGUGGGUCUCGUACCGUUUGAACGAUAGACAGGGCUCAUUUCCAUUCAUCCUGGCCUACCUUCCCACGAUUAAUAGAGUGCAUGUACUGUGUAUAUAUUUUUCGUGAAUAUGUUAUGACCAAAAUUCAACAAUCACCGUACUAUGUAUGUUUGUUUGCUACUUCCGGAACAGGGAAGAGGCCAACCGUUCUUGUAUGUUUGAUAACACAAGAGAUUUCAAUUCCUAAAUUCUCCAUCACUGCUGCCAUUUGAGCUUUCGUCCGUAAGAGGAUUCCGCACCAGUUUUCAAAACGAGACUGACAUUGCUGAAGCCCUCGAGAGCACAAAAUUGGACUCUUGCAUGGACUAACCCCGGCAGAUUUCGGUGACUGACUGCCAGCACGAUGAAUAACUCCUCCAACAUUGUUGAGAACCAGACUCAGCCCCGACCCGUGGCAAAUUAUUUCAGCAAUGAGGAGAUGAUAGCCUGGUGUUUUGGAUUUGGUAUCAUAGACGCCCUUAUCGUCACUAGCAACACCCUCGCUAUAGUCGUAUUUACGCGGAGUAAGUUGCUACGGAAGCGUACGAACUACUUUCUGCUGUGUUUAGCCAUCGCGGACAUGAUGAUCGGCACGAUUUCAUUGCCAUUGUUCAUUCACACACUGGUCGUUUUUACUCGGAGUGAGACUUCAAAGAACCUCGCGGAUAUCGAUAAGAUAUCGACGUUGCUGGACAUUUUCUCAGGGUUUGCGUCAGUCUUUGCGCUGACAACUAUAUCUCUGGAACGUUUGUACUCGGUCGCUCUUCCAAACUGGCACCGAACCACGCCCAAGUAUAUGUAUUUUAUUUUAUUGGCCAGCACUUGGGCGCUGGCCGGUAUGCUUGUCUGUAUCAAAAUUUUUGUUUACGAGAAAGAGGUUGAAAGUGAUGUCUUCAAUUACCUCAUCAUUACCGUUUUCCUGAUUUGUUUGCUGGUGAUUUGCCUGGCAUAUGUCGGUAUUUGGAUCAAGGUUGUCCAAAGAAUGCACGAGAAGACAAAGCGAACGCUGGAGAAGGACAAGAAACUAGCCACGACUCUCUUUUUAGUGACUGCAAUAUUUGUAAUGACUUGGGUUCCAUUCCAUGCCAUUAAUAUCUUUUACGUUAAGUUGUGUCCGCAAAGCUCCACCUGCCCAAAAUUAAUAUUCACAGCUGUGUACCUCACUAAAUUCAUGCAGUAUUCGAACUCUUUCGUCAAUCCGAUAAUCUACACCUUUAAGAUGCCUGACUUCCGACGAGUUCUGUUAUCCAUAUUUGGAAGGCCACCCUACGGAGCGUCUACCAGAGCUACCUCGAGGAUGAUAACGGAGCGACGGAAAAGAGCAAGCACGCUGCGAACCAGCGAAUCGGCAGAGGCUAAUGGCAACUGCGAGUGCGCCCUAUGACAGUCUCAAUUAAUUAUAGCACUACACUCAUGGUACGACUACAUUUGAACGCCCAGCUGGUGAGUCCUCCCAGAGGGAAAAAACAUUAUUUCGCUCUAUCCAUGCUGAGAGUUAAUACGUCUAAAUGAGUUGUAAGUUUUAACAUUUAUAUUUAUCUUUGGUAAACAAAGAAAAAUAGAUGUGGUUUCACACAAUCGUAGGAGUGCCCGACAGUAUAAAUCUACUGGCGUUCUAUCACGAAUGCCGUCUUCUCAUUGGUUACGCUAC